AUGAACCACCGAAUUAUCAACUCCGACCGACGAGCCCCACGAUGGGAUCACGACACUGCCAUGUUGGCGUCGUCCAUGAUGCUCGUCUCCAUCUCUGAGGACUGUCCUUCACAGAAUGUUGGGUUCAAGUCUCGCAUCUCCGCUGCUCCACGCCUCGGCAGUGGCUCCAGUCUCAGUGGCUGGGGAUCUGCCGCGACUCGCCAGUCCUGCAAGAUGGACCUCUGUGCCUUGGCUGCGGCCGCCGCGGAGCAACAAGGAGAGACACCCAAAACUCAACCACCGACGGCCAUGAGACGUUCCAGCGCUGUCGCCAGUGACCAUGGCGAAGGAUGGGGAUUCUAUGCCGGUGGCGACGUUUACAGCAGACAGCGUUAA